GUUGAAUUUUAUACAAAAUAUUUUCCGGGAAAUGAAGCCACAAGCUGAAGAAAAGAAAGAGACUGUGUACCCUCUCAGAGUGAAGAGAUUAGUCGAAAAUGCCAUUGUUCCAAAGAAGGCUAAUGAAUAUGCAGCUGGAUAUGAUCUCUACAGCAGCAAUGCUGAAGAUAUUACUAUUGAGCCACAAGGCAAAGCUCUGAUCCCAACAGGAUGCUCAUUCUCUAUUCCUCACGGAAAUUAUGGAAGAAUUGCACCAAGAUCAGGCCUUGCCUGGAAGAAGCACCUUGAUGUAGGAGCUGGAGUCAUUGAUUCAGAUUACAGAGGUGAGGUUAGAGUCGUCAUCUUCAAUCUCUCCCAGAACGAAUAUGUAGUGACUCCAGGAGAGAGAAUCGCUCAAAUGAUUAUUGAGAAGGUCGUUCCCACCGAAAUCGAAGAGGUAGAUGAUCUCGAAGUUACAGAGAGAGGAGCCGGAGGCUUCGGAUCCACUGGAGUCAAGCUUAACGAGAUCAACAAUGAUAUUAAUAAGGAGAAUCAAAUAAUUUCAUAAAUCAAGUUUUGAGCAAAACAUGAACUCUGGCAAAGAUUG